AUGGAAUCUCCAAAUUCGACCACGAAUCAAAGCUCGGUCACAAACAACCUGGUAACGGUACCGAUUCCGAUCCUCCCGACGGAGGGCACGUAUGCCUACGUGUUUGUUAAGGGGUCACUUUAUGCCCGGGAUAGUGCCAUAUUUGGUUGUUCAACGGACGAAGUGCAGGCACUCUCGAAACGCUUUCAGAUUAGCUCGGUGCCAAUCGACAACGGAGUGGUCAUCAAGGUUGCUCCAUCCUUGAUCAUCAACUCGCUGGCUCAGCUCGGGUACAAAGUUGUCUCGAGCACGGGCGAAACGGAAGUCGUGUGGACGCUACAGCGUGAGCUGUAGGGCAAUUAAUUUUAGAUGCUACAAACCAGCUUGGAACAAUCAUCCUAGAUGUGUAUUAAGUGUUAAUGCAAAAGUAUUCGGAAACCGAUAGGGGCAAUAUCCGCAGUUACGCACGAAUUUCACCGUUUUAGUAUAUGUAAAUUUUCCCCACUAGCCUUGGACAGGGUUUUCUGGUGUUAUACAAAGUCAAAAUUAACCAAAAAAAUUUUCAAACAGCAUUCAACCUAAUAGAGAUUGUUAUUUUUCAUAUAUCUACCUGUAUUAUAUGUGCUCAGUGUCCGUCGAUUAAUUUGAAAGCUGCCAACGGAAAAGCAGAGCAUUGUAAUGGAAAAAACAGUGCACCACGACCGGCACGG